AUGUCUUAUUUCUAUUUAGAUCCAUGGAUAUCCCGACAUUUAUGCCAAGAAAUACCAGAAUUCAUUUGUAUGGAUGGUACUGUCAUGAAAUUAAAAGAUGUAUGUAAUGGUAAACUAGAUUGUGCUGAUGGGACUGAUGAAAUAAAAGAUUUAUGUUAUCAUAUUAUAUGUCCAAAAAACAUGUAUCGAUGUCAUUACGGAGCAUGUGUACCGACAUCUGCUCGAUGUAAUGGAACUCCUGAAUGUGCAGAUAAGUCAGAUGAAAGUCAAUGUGGGCGAACUAAAAAUAGUUGCGACAUGAAAGAAUUUCGUUGCCUUUCAAAUGAGUGUAUUCCCCUUGAAUUGUUAUGUGAUGGAAAAACUGAUUGUAAAGAUGGAUCAGAUGAGAGUAAAAAUACUUGCGAAGAACUUCCAUGCCCUCCACAUAGUUACCAUUGUCGGCAUGGAGGAUGUAUUCAUUUCGAUUCACGCUGCGAUGGUGUACCAGAUUGUAUAGAUGGUUCUGAUGAAUCUGAAGCCCUUUGCAGAAGUUUAAAAUGUUCAACUGGAUCUUGUCCAAUUGAUGGUCAAUUAAAAUGUCCACCAAUAUUGUCGAAUAGAAUGUCAGCAGUGUGUCAAGUAAAAGAGGGACCAAAAAAAGGAUUAAUUGCUUGUAACAAGCCAAUGCCGCCAAGUACAAUUGUUCGCUAUGAAUGUAAACAGUAUUACAUCCCUUCCAGUAAAUUACAGCAAAAUAAUACGCAAAUGAUUUGCCAAGCAGAUGGUACAUGGAACCGGGAUAUGCUAAAAUGCGACCCUGAUUGUGGUAAAACUGAUUUACCUGCAAUUCCUUUAAUUGUCCAUGGUCAAAUCGCUGAGCAGGGUAGAUGGCCUUGGUAUGCGGCCUUAUUUACCUUAGAAGAUGGCAAAUGGAUAUUCUGGUGUGGUGGAUCGUUAAUUUCUGAAUUAGUUAUCGUCACAGCUGGACAUUGUGUAUGGAAAGUUCCACCGGAUACAAUGAAAGUUGCGUUGGGAAAAUAUAACAGUGAUUUAAAUACGAACAAUGAAAAUGCACAAAUACGUGAAAUUAAAAAAAUUAUUAUUCAACCAUCGUAUCAGGAUCAAAUUGGUAAUUAUGGUUCGGAUAUUGCAGUUAUUAUUCUAAGCAGCCCUGUGAAAUUUGACUCACAUGUACGACCUGUUUGUAUUGAUUGGAAUUUACAUGAUAUUUCAGCUCAUUUAAAAGAAUAUAGUAUGGGGCAUAUCGUGGGAAUGGGUCUCACCGAAGAUGAAACCUUCAGUGGAAUUUUACGUAAGACCAAACUACCAGUUGUAAGUAACGAAGAAUGUAUGAGACAUCAAAAACGAGAUUUUCGAAAAUACAUAACAUAUACAGCAUUCUGUGCUGGUUGGCGCAACGGAACUGGUGUUUGUAAUGGGGACAGUGGAGGUGGUUUAGUAUUCCCAAAAUCGACUAAUGAUAAAGUAUGGGUAUUACAAGGUAUCGUGAGUGUUAGUCCUCGAAAAACUGGUACAUCACAUUGUGAUCUCAAUUUUCUAACUGUUUUCACAAAAGUUGGCCUUUAUGUUAAUUGGCUUUCAGCGGUUUUAAAUACUGUACAUCCUGAAAGAUUUAAAUCACUGAAUGAUAAUGCAGCAAUUAGCAUGUCGAUUUUUGAAUAUAAUUAACAAAAAAUAUUUUAAUAGUUGCUUCCUAGCAGAUUUAGAUCAAAACAAAA